AUGUACAGACAGAAUAGCUUUUAUCGUUUGUCCACGCUAUUAAAUCUUUAUGAGGAUUCGAAGUGUAUCAACAACAAAAACUUCAAAUCUUUCAAAAAUAUCGUACAUCGUGCUGUGAACAAAUCGCCUGUUAUUUGUUAUGAAUUAUUUCAUGAUUUUACUCCUUGUGAAAUGACCAAAUUUAACAAAUUAAAUGAGAUAUGCCUCGAUAUAGCUAGUAAACAUGGCCUAACGAUAUUCGUAAAAAGUUUAUUGCGUGAUGGAGUAAAUCCUAACCGGGUGAACAAGUUCUUCAAAUCCGCGCCUAUUCAUUUCGCCACCAAAGGCGGACAUGUCGACACGUUGGAAGCUUUACUAGCUGAGCCGACGAUAAAUCCUAAUCUCCAAGCUGGACAAAUGACAGCUCUGCAUAUCGCGGUGAUCAGAAACGACCGAAUAUGUGCCUCUAUGCUUCUGCAAAAAGGUGCUAACGCUAAUAUUCUCUGCAGCGAAGAUCAGUGCUCUGCUCUCUAUCUAGCGUCAGUGACGAGAGAGUUCAACAUGGUAGAACUAAUACUACGAAAACACAAGCAAAACCUAGAUUCAGAUAAUUAUAAAAAAGCUGAACAGAUGACACGAGACAUGAUCCAGAAUCUGUUUGGAAAUUUGUUGGUAACAGCCACGGAAAAUGAUCUUCGCACGGCAGGGAUAAAAAUCCUAGAUUCGUUUCGUAUAAUAGAUUGGUUUCAUAUAGACAAUCCAAUUGAGAAAUAUGUGUUUAGAGAUACGAUGUUUGAUAUUUCUGCAGAACAAGAACGUAAAAACGAUCGUAAACGAUUAGAACAAAAUCAACUAAUAAUAAAACGUGCUGCAGACGUGGCUGUUGAUAAGAACCGUUACGUUCUUCUUCGGGAAUUACUGAACGCAAUGAUAGCGCCAAAGAUAGUCAAUAAUGAUUUUAUAAUAAAAGUCUGCAAGCAGCUGAAACAACUUAAAAG